GCUGUGUCUCUCUGAAUUGUUCACAUACACCGGACAAAGUAAGACUUGGGAGAGAGAGAAAGAGAGAGAGAGAGAGAGAAGUCAUGAUUCUAACAAUGGAAACUGAUUUUGACAAAGAAAAUUCAGUCAGGUAUAAAACUCCGAGAUUACUCCAAAGAAGGAGGACACUAAGUUUUCAGAAAGAAUUUUCAUUUGAGGAUAAAGAAGAACUUGUAAACACCACCAAAGAUAUUGAUGCCAGCCUUUUAGCUGUGCUGCCAAAAGUUUCUGAAUUGAGAAAACUCUUUGAACCAAACGGGCAGGCUACCUUGGAAAUGAAAAGGAAAGAGAGGAUAGCUAGGCGUUUAGAGGGAAUAGAAAGUGAUGCUCAGCCUGUCCUUUCACAAAACUGUCCUGGAUUGGUCACACAUCGCUUGCUAGAAGAAGAUACACCAAGAUACAUGCGUGCAACAGAUCCAUAUAGUCCUCACUUUGGAAGAUCAAAUGAAGAAGAAGCUGCACGGUCUUCAGUAGACAAUCAGUCUAGAUCCCGAUACCAAGCAGAAUCCACUGGAGGAAGAACAAAGCCACCUUCAUACAGUCCAUUAGCCAUGGAUGCCCAGGCACUUGAAUCUAAAGCAGAAAGAAUAGCUAGGUACAAGGCAGAAAGGCGACGUCAGUUGGCCGAAAAAUACGGACUCUCGAUUGAUUCAGAUGUGGACUCAGAAUAUUCAUCCAAAUACACCCGGACAAGGAAGGAGCAAGAUGUGGCUGAGAAGAAAGUAACUAAGAGUGAGAAAAAGGAGAAUGAAAGUAAAGAAUUUAGUUCUCUCUGCUCUUCAAGAAUUGAAAAUAAAGAGAUGAGGGUUGCUGCUUCAGACUCUAAAGAUUGUUCUCGGCAUGACAAGGAUAGUUCUCCAGAAAGGGAAAAACUACGUUUGAAUGAGGACAGUGAGAGGAAAAUUCUAGAGCUUAGUUCUUUCAGUAGAUACGAUCUACCUUCUGCAUCAGAGAAUUCCACCUCCUUCUCAUUUCCAGGCCAUGAUUCCUCCUUCAAUGAAGUGCCAAGUUCGCCAAAGCAACUUCGUAGGGCUUCCCUUUCCUCACCAAAGCAGCUGGUAGCGUCAUCAAGUCAUUCCCUCAAUGACACCAGAUCAGGUAGUGCAGGGAAAACAAAACCCGAUUGGUAUCUCCAGAAAGAUUCGGAUGGGGACACAGCUUCACUUAUCAACUGGCCCUCCAGAGUAAAAGUUAGAGAGAAACUCGUGAAAGAGGAAAGUGCUCGUGGAAGCCCCGAACUCCUAACAGACACUGUGCCUCAAAGAAAGGUUCACUCAGUGCCUGUUAAUCUUGUGCCUCUUCAGUCAGAAACAUCCGCUUUCCAUAGGGUUGCAAGCCAACCUUUCGGUUUGGUCUGCCGACCAACACAUGGCUUUGUCCAGCCGGCUGGAAUUGCUCAUACAGCUAAGCUGGUGGCAGCUGAAGAACCAGAAAGCAACCCUGUUAGCAACCUCCCUGUGCCAGCCAAUGCCAACUUCGUAACUAGAUUUCCACUGGAUGCUUUGAUGGAUGAAGUAAAAAGUGAAUUGCCUCAGACUCAUGAGUCACCAAAGCUCAGUGACUCCAACUUGGAAACUGAGCAGGAAAGACUGCCAGGUUUGCCUUCAGAAAUCCGUAGGCAAGGGGAAAGCAGAGAGAGCCACUUGAGAGGAGAUGAUUUUGAGAAGCCUGAGGUUGGCAAGCCAAAACCUCUAGAACCUGAAAGAGGGCUAGAACGUUGGAAACAGCGGAUGCCUGGACGUCCAGUGAAGACUCAAGAGAAUGUUGAAAGGAGCGAAAAAGUCCUGUAUCUGCAGAGUAGCAAAGGGAAAGUACAGGCUCAGGAAGAGAGUCCCGUGAAGCGUAAACUCCUCAUGCGUUCACUGUCUGAUGAUACUGGUACUCCUAAAUUAGAAGUGUUCAGAAGUAAGGAGCAUGUUGCAAAGAACACAGCGGAGUUUCAGAGCACUGAAGCCAAGGUUCCUAAUGGUGAGAUUACCAUGGUUGACACUAAAGUCUCUGUUGCCCAGCUCCGUAAUGCGUUUUUGGAAACUGCCAAUGCCAGCAAGAAACCCGAACUUAAAUCUCGUUUCGAGAUGCAAACAUCAGGUACUGAUUUGUCUGGCAGUGCUGAACACGAAAGAGGGUCACGAAGGCCAAGACGCUAUUUUUCUCCUGGGGAGAGUAGAAAGACUUCUGAGAGAUUUAGGACUCAACCUAUAACUUCAGCAGAGCGAAAGGAAACAGAUAGGUCUGCAUUCAGUCCAGAAAUGUCAGCUCCUGAUGAUGAGGAGAAAUUGGAUGAACGAGCUAAACUGAGUGUUGCUGCAAAGAGGCUGCUUUUCAAAGAAAUGGAAAAGUCAUUUGAUGGGAAAAGUAUCCCUAAACCACGUUCAAGAAACACAGCGGUGGAGAGAAGGCUGAGGCGCACGCAGGACCGGUCACGCACGCAGCCUGUUACAACUGAAGAAGUCGUCAUUGCAGCUACUGACUCUGUCCCUGCCUCAUGUACUGUGAAUACCCACACUGUAGUGACAAGAAUACCUAAUCCCACUGUAGUUAAGAGCACUGUACAACCUACCAGGUUGCAGGCAUCUGCCCACCAAAAGACUUCUGCUAAAGAAGAAAUAAAAGAAGCCAAAGAUGCUGUCGAACAAGAUCAGUCUGGGGAACCAGACUCCUCGACACUUACCUUGGCAGAAAAGAUGGCCUUAUUUAACAAAUUAUCUCAACCAGUAUCAAAGGUAGUCUCCAUAAGAAACAGAGGAGAUAUUAGGCAAAGGAGAUCCAAAGCCCGAUAUCAGACACAGCCUGUCACACUUGGAGAAGUUGAGCAGGUACAAAGUGACAGUGGAAAAAUCGCUCCUUUGUCUCCCACCGUUGUAACAUCUGUAUCAACCAUGGUGUCUGCCUUGUCGCCGAUAUAUAGUAAAGAUCGGCACCUAAAGGCAGCAGGAGAUGAGACGGUCAGUGAGAUCAACAAGCCUGAUUUCAGAUACCACUCAUCAGUGGAAUGUGUGGAUCCUUCAUUAAAAAAUAUCUUGAAAACGGAACUCUGGCGACCUUCGGUGGAAAUGAGAGAGAGCAAACUGCAGUCGAGGGAGCAUGAAGAGGCAGAGCCCAAGGGAUUCGUAAAACGGGAAGAGAAUGGCAUAAAAAAACACAGUUCCUUUGAGGAAGAGCCCCCACAUCCUGUUUCUGAUAAAACAGAGGACUACAACAAAGAGAUUAAAUAUGCAUUCCCAAGAAAAAGCAGCAUGGAAUUGUUUAGCCCACAGUCUCUUUGUGAGCCAGCUGAACAAAAGGAAUCUGUCACCAGCAUCCUGCAUGAGAAACGAGAAGUCAAAGGCCAGCCUUUUGAGGACAGGAUGGAGUUUGAGGGAGUCAUGGCACGAUCAACUCUGCAGAGAGAGCACGAUGAGCCUGUUUCAGAACUUGUGGGAACAGCAGCAACAAAGAGUUUUUCUCAGUCUACUGCUGUGGUAUCCUGUAGGCAGCAGGAAACGUCAGAGCUGUUAGAGGAAAAAUUGGAGUCUAGAGAGAGCAAAGCAGACACCACGGAGGACGCCCUGGAUGCAUCCAGCAAAACCAUGUCGAUUAAAGAAAGGCUCGCUCUCCUAAAGAAGAGUGGUGAAGAAGACUGGAAAAACAGGCUGAACAAAAAGCAAGACUAUGCCCGGGUGUCAGUCAUUGAGCGUGGCCCUCAGCUGCAAGAGGUGGAUCAGCUGUUGACAAAGAAGAGGAUGUCAGAUGGCUGUGAAAGUCAGAUGUCAAUUGAAGAAAGAAAGCAAUUGAUAAGCGUCCGAGAAGAAGCUUGGAAGGCAAGGGGUAAAGGAGCAGCCAAUGACUCCACCCAAUUCACUGUGGCUGGCAGAAUGGUCAAGAAAGGUUUAGCAUCCCCUACUGCUAUCACACCAGUUGCAUCUCCUUUCUGCAACAGAUUGAAGUCAACAACACCCGUCUCAAAACCUCUAGAAGAAAUUGAAGCAAGGCCAGAUAUGCAGUUAGAAUCAGACAUGAAGUUGGAUAAACUGGAGACGUUCCUUGGAAGGCUGAACAACAAAGUGGGCGGAAUGCAAGAAACAGUGCUGACAGUCACAGCAAAAUCUGUAAAAGAAGUGAUGAAGUUGGAUGACGAGGAAACAUUUUCUAAAUUUUACCGUUGCAUGGAAUACCCUACUUCUUCAUUACCUUUGGAGCUAGAUGAAGACUUUGAUGCUAUAUUUGAUCCUGAGGCGCCCAAGUUGAUUUCUUCAGUAGCUGAGCACAAGCGUGCAGUAAGACCCACCCGCAGAGUCCAGGCUUCUAGGAACCCUUUAAAAAUGCUGGCAGCAAGAGAGGACAUUCUUCAUGAGUACACAGAGCAAAGGCUAAAUGUAGCGUUCAUGGAGUCCAAGCGGAUGAAAGUUGAAAAAAUGUCUGCAAACUCAAAUUUCUCAGAAGUAGCACUUGCUGGCUUAGCAAGUAAGGAGAACUUCAGCAAUGUUAGCCUCCGUAGUGUCAAUCUAACAGAACAGAACUCAAACAACAGUGCCGUGCCAUAUAAAAAGCUGAUGCUCUUGCAGAUCAAAGGAAGAAGACAUGUUCAGACAAGAUUAGUUGAACCGAGGGCUACAUCACUUAACAGUGGUGAUUGUUUCCUGUUAAUCACUCCCCUUUACUGCUUCCUGUGGGUAGGGGAGUUUGCAAAUGUCAUAGAAAAAGCAAAGGCUUCAGAACUCGCAACUUUAAUUCAGACAAAAAGAGAACUUGGCUGCCGAGCUCCUUACGUUCAGACCAUAGAGGAAGGGAUCAAUAUGCACACUCAUGCAGCCAAAGAUUUCUGGAAACUCCUUGGUGGCCAGACCAGUUACCAGUGUAAGGAAGCUUUUGUUUUCACCAUUUCUGCUUGCCUGAUAACCAGUUUGUGUGUUAAGGACUUCGUACAAAUGGUUUUGAUUUGGAUUCCUGCAUUGAGCAAGGGGUGGGACUUGAUGGCCCUUCUUCCAACCGCUCUUUCGUAUUGCUAAAUGUUCUCUUAUCCCUUCUUUUAUCUUCAGGUCUUGGUGUUCGAUUUUGGUAGUGAAGUCUAUGUUUGGCAUGGGAAGGAAGUCACACUACCGCAAAGAAAAGUGGCGUUCCAGCUGGCCAAACACUUGUGGAAUGGUACGUUUGACUAUGCCAACUGUGACAUCAAUCCACUGGAUCCUGGCGAAUGCAACCCCCUUAUUCCAAGAAAGGGACAAGGACGACCAGACUGGGCUAUUUUUGGCAGGCUUACAGAGCAUAAUGAGACAAUACUAUUUAAAGAAAAAUUCCUUGAUUGGACUGAGCUGAAGAAACCUGCUGAGAAAAACGCCAGUGAAUCCCCUCAGAAGGAAGAAACCAAGUCUGAGGCUAAACCGUAUGAUAUCAUGCGAAUGGUACCACUACCGGAAACAACAGUUGGCACAGUUUUGGAUGGGAUGAAUAUUGGCCGUGGCUAUGGAUUAAUUGAAGGAGAUGACGGAAGACAAUUUGAAAUUAUCACUGUCUCUGUGGAUGUCUGGCAUAUCUUAGAAUUUGAUUACAGCAGGCUCCCUAAGCAAAGCAUUGGGCAGUUUCAUGAAGGGGAUACGUAUGUUGUCAAAUGGAAGUAUCUGGUGAGCACUUCAGUUGGAAGCAGACAAAAGGGAGAUUUACAAACCCGAGUUGUUGGCAAAGAGAAAUGUGUGUACUUCUUCUGGCAAGGGAGGCAUUCGACUGUCAGUGAGAAGGGAACUUCUGCCUUGAUGACAGUGGAGCUGGAUGAAGAACGAGGGGCUCAGGUGCAAGUCCUUCAAGGGAAAGAGCCUCCCUGUUUUCUGCAGUGUUUUCAAGGUGGAAUGAUUGUUCAUUCUGGGAGAAGAGAAGAGGAAGAAGAAAAUACUCAGAGUGACUGGCGGCUGUACUGCGUACGAGGGGAAGUUCCUGUGGAAGGGAACUUGCUGGAAGUAGCCUGUCACUGUAGCAGCCUGCGGUCCAGAACCUCAAUGAUCGUCCUCAACAUUAACAAAGCCCUCAUCUACUUGUGGCAUGGCUGCAAGGCCCAGCCACACACCAAGGAAGUAGGAAGAACAGCAGCCAAUAAAAUAAAAGAACAAUGUCCCUUGGAAGCAGGAUUGCAUAGUAGUAGCAAAGUGACGAUACAUGAAUGUGAUGAAGGGUCGGAAGCUUUGGGAUUUUGGGAUGCUUUAGGAAGGAGAGACCGGAAAGCUUAUGACUGUAUGUUGCAAGAUCCUGGGAAGUUUAAUUUCACACCUCGCCUCUUCAUCCUCAGUAGUUCAUCAGGAGAAUUCUCAGCCACUGAAUAUGUCUAUCCCGCAAGAGAUCCUUCUGUGGUGAAUUCUAUGCCAUUUCUACAAGAAGACCUCUACACAGCACCUCAGCCAGCCCUCUUCCUUGUUGACAAUCACCAUGAAGUAUACCUCUGGCAAGGCUGGUGGCCUGUGGAAAACAAAAUUGCAGGUUCUGCCCGAAUCCGGUGGGCUUCAGACAGGAAAUGUGCCAUGGAAACUGUCCUCCAGUACUGUAAAGGAAAGAAUGUGAAGAAACCUCCUAAAUCUUACCUAAUUCAUGCUGGUCUUGAGCCCCUGACGUUCACAAAUAUGUUUCCCAGCUGGGAACACAGGGAAGAUAUUGCUGAGAUCACUGAAAUGGAUGCUGAAGCAUCUAAUCAAAUAAUCCUUGUUGAAGAUGUCUUAGCGAAACUAUGCAAAAAGCUGUACCCACUGUCUGAUCUCUUAGCGAGACCUCUCCCUGAAGGAGUGGAUCCACUAAAUCUUGAAAUCUACCUUUCAGAAGAAGACUUUGAGUCUGCGUUACAGAUGACAAGAGAAGAAUACAAUGCACUGCCUUCCUGGAAACAGGUGAACCUCAAAAAGGCAAAAGGGCUUUUCUAAAUAGCACAGUAGUUGCGAUCAAGGGCUAAACUUGGAACCAGGCCAAUCAGCAUUUUCAACACCCCUUGGAAAAGGAGGAAUACCACAAUAAACUGGUGUGCAUCUGUUUUUGCCAAGCAAACUAAAUAACUAUCUGCAUUCACUAGAUGACUGUCUGUUCCCUAAAGUCAAGUAAUAUUAUAAGUGUAUGAGAGAAUUUUUCAGUAAACUCUUAUUUUGGGGGGUGUGGGGCUCAAAGGGUAGGUCCUGCUCGUGAAUGGUGUUCUUUGUACUUUUAGCAGUAGUUACCUCAGACUGCUGCCACAACGGAUCUUUUUCCUACAUACACUACUUGCCAUUUGGGUUUUUAGGGUGUUCCCUUUGUAAAGUGUUAUUUUGUUAAAGCUGUGCAUUUUCAAAAAGAAUUUAUAUUUAUAUAUAAAACACACAGAACAAGGAUGUAUUUAACAAUGCAAUGUUUAUUAUUUGUUUCCGAGACUUCUGUGGAGAAAACAUUUCAGGAAAUUGGCCAGGCAGUGUGGCUGCUCGUUAAACCACCUAUGAGCACAUGCGCAGCUGUCAGUCUCUCUCUCUCUGUCUCUCUUCCUAUCUCUCUCAUUCUGAAUUGUUCUUUUUUUUUUUAAUAGACAAUGAAUUGGUCUCAGUGCUGCUUCAGGUGCUAAACUGAACAAAGCAUUAUCACACGGGUUUCUUGGGAAACUCUCUGAAUCCAUCUUUGAUAUCCCAAAAAUGUAUAGUGCCUUGAUUUUUGUUUUGGAUUUUUGUUGUGUACAGUUUAUAUACAAAAAAAGAUUGGUCCGCUUUUUGAAGAUGGCUCAGAACAGUCUCCUGUGGUCUACUUUUAUAAUAGUAGAAAUUUAACCGGUGGGGAGGGGGGGUACCAUCUCAGUUUCUAAUAACUUCUUGCAACUUAAACUGUCUUUUGUGAUAAAGACAUAAAGCAAAAGCUUCAGAAUAAACUCUUAGCAAUGUA